ACCCAUUACCAGUGAGAGGACUUCUUGUUAUAUAUCAUAUCUUCUUCGUUCUCGAUUUACGAGAUCCUUGAUUCUCUCUUUCUCUAAUCUUAUCUCAUCUGAAGUAUAGUUACGAAUUCACUCGUUGUUCGAGAGUAGUAAGCUGAAGAAAUGGAGAGCUACUUGAACGAAAACUUCGGCGAUGUGAAGCCGAAGAACUCGUCCGAUGAGGCGUUGCAGCGUUGGAGGAAGCUCUGCUGGAUCGUCAAGAAUCCUAAAAGGAGAUUUAGAUUCACUGCUAAUCUGUCUAAGCGUUCCGAGGCCGAGGCGAUUCGGCGUUCCAAUCAGGAAAAAUUUCGAGUGGCGGUCUUAGUUUCACAAGCUGCACUUCAGUUCAUUAAUAGUGAGAAUAGACUACUCCCUUGUGUUAUUCAAUAUGUAUUUGAUUUCCUUAACGAGAAGGUAUUGCGUGCUUACAGGUUUAAAGUUGUCCAGUGAGUAUACACUACCUGAAGAAGUAAGAAAAGCAGGGUUUGAGAUUUGUCCUGAUGAGUUGGGAUCAAUUGUAGAAGGUCAUGAUUUGAAAAAGUUGAAAAUUCAUGGUGGAACUGAGGGCCUCACUGAAAAACUUUCCACGUCUAUUGCUAGUGGAAUUAGUACAUCUGAAGACCUGCUGAGUGUAAGAAAAGAAAUUUAUGGAAUCAACCAAUUCACAGAAAGCCCCAGCCGUGGCUUUUGGUUAUUUGUUUGGGAAGCCCUUCAGGAUACAACACUUAUGAUUCUAGCUGCAUGUGCGUUUGUUUCACUUAUAGUUGGAAUACUGAUGGAAGGGUGGCCUAUUGGUGCCCAUGACGGACUUGGUAUAGUGGCGAGUAUUCUGCUUGUUGUGUUUGUCACUGCCACUAGUGAUUAUAGGCAAUCCCUGCAAUUCAAGGACCUGGAUGCAGAGAAGAAAAAGAUUGUGGUUCAGGUUACGAGAGACAAACUGAGGCAAAAAAUCUCAAUAUAUGAUCUACUCCCUGGAGAUGUUGUUCAUCUUGGCAUUGGAGACCAGAUUCCAGCAGAUGGGCUUUUUAUCUCAGGGUUUUCUGUUCUGAUAAAUGAAUCGAGCUUGACUGGAGAAAGUGAACCGGUUAGUGUCAGUGUGGAACACCCGUUUCUUCUCUCUGGUACCAAGGUUCAGGAUGGAUCUUGCAAAAUGUUGGUGACUACAGUUGGAAUGAGGACUCAAUGGGGUAAACUGAUGGCUACACUAAGUGAAGGCGGUGAUGAUGAGACACCGUUGCAAGUAAAACUUAAUGGUGUGGCAACCAUCAUUGGUAAAAUAGGUCUAUUUUUUGCUGUCAUUACGUUUGCUGUUUUGGUUCAAGGAUUGGCUAAUCAGAAGCGCCUAGAUAAUUCUCACUGGAUCUGGACUGCUGAUGAAUUGAUGGCGAUGCUAGAAUAUUUUGCUGUUGCUGUAACAAUUGUUGUGGUUGCAGUUCCGGAGGGUCUGCCGUUGGCUGUGACAUUAAGUCUUGCUUUUGCCAUGAAAAAGAUGAUGAAUGACAAAGCGCUAGUGCGCAAUCUUGCUGCUUGUGAGACAAUGGGAUCUGCAACAACUAUUUGUAGUGACAAAACUGGAACUCUUACAACAAAUCACAUGACAGUUGUAAAAGCCUGCAUCUGUGAACAAGCCAAAGAGGUUAAUGGUCCUGAUGCUGCUAUGAAAUUUGCCUCUGGUAUCCCUGAGUCUGCUGUUAAACUUCUACUGCAAUCUAUAUUUACUAACACUGGUGGUGAGAUUGUUGUGGGCAAAGGAAACAAAACCGAGAUACUGGGAACUCCUACAGAAACUGCUCUGUUAGAAUUUGGGUUGUCACUCGGAGGGGACUUCCAAGAAGUAAGGCAAGCCUCAAAUGUUGUGAAAGUUGAGCCCUUUAACUCUACAAAGAAAAGAAUGGGAGUUGUCAUUGAGCUGCCUGAAAGACAUUUCCGGGCACAUUGUAAGGGUGCUUCAGAGAUAGUUUUAGAUUCUUGUGAUAAGUACAUCAACAAAGAUGGUGAAGUUGUUCCUCUCGAUGAAAAAUCGACCAGUCACCUGAAGAACAUAAUUGAGGAAUUUGCUAGCGAAGCACUUCGAACUCUUUGCCUAGCGUAUUUCGAAAUUGGUGAUGAAUUCUCAUUAGAGGCUCCUAUUCCAAGUGGUGGAUACACUUGUAUAGGUAUUGUGGGCAUCAAAGACCCUGUACGCCCUGGUGUCAAGGAGUCUGUUGCGAUUUGUAAAUCUGCUGGCAUCACUGUCAGAAUGGUGACUGGAGAUAACCUUACUACUGCGAAGGCCAUAGCCAGGGAGUGUGGCAUAUUGACUGAUGAUGGCAUAGCUAUCGAAGGUCCUGAAUUCCGGGAGAAAAGUGAUGAGGAACUGCUCAAGCUAAUCCCAAAAUUGCAGGUGAUGGCACGAUCCUCGCCCAUGGAUAAGCAUACUUUGGUGAGACUCCUCCGCACAAUGUUUCAGGAAGUCGUUGCAGUGACAGGUGAUGGAACAAAUGAUGCUCCAGCACUUCAUGAAGCUGAUAUUGGACUCGCAAUGGGCAUUUCCGGAACUGAGGUGGCAAAAGAAAGUGCGGAUGUGAUUAUCCUAGAUGAUAACUUCUCUACGAUUGUCACAGUAGCCAAAUGGGGCCGUUCUGUGUACAUAAAUAUUCAGAAAUUUGUCCAGUUCCAGCUGACAGUAAAUGUUGUGGCUCUUAUUGUCAACUUCUUAUCAGCCUGCCUCACUGGAAACGCGCCUCUGACUGCUGUCCAACUACUGUGGGUUAACAUGAUAAUGGACACACUUGGAGCACUCGCGCUAGCGACUGAACCACCACAGGACGACCUGAUGAAGAGAUCUCCAGUGGGAAGGAAAGGAAACUUCAUAAGUAAUGUAAUGUGGAGGAACAUCCUUGGUCAGUCACUCUACCAGCUUGUCAUCAUAUGGUGUCUUCAAACAAAGGGAAAGACAAUGUUUGGUCUCGAUGGCCCCGACUCUGAUCUAACACUCAAUACCCUUAUUUUCAACAUUUUUGUCUUCUGCCAGGUAUUCAAUGAGAUAAGCUCGAGGGAAAUGGAAAAAAUUGAUGUGUUCAAGGGGAUACUAAAGAACUACGUAUUCGUAGCGGUUCUAACAUGUACAGUGGUGUUCCAAGUAAUCAUAAUCGAGCUGCUGGGUACAUUUGCGGAUACAACACCAUUAAAUUUGGGACAAUGGUUGGUUAGCAUCAUACUCGGGUUCCUUGGCAUGCCUGUUGCUGCUGCCUUGAAGAUGAUCCCUGUUGGUUCACACUAAGCAACACAUUGUAUAAUGUGAUUCCUUGUGCCACAACUUUGGCAUUGAAAGGUACCAAUUUUUUCUCCGGCCUUUGGAAGUUUGAUAUCCCAAGAUGGCCUUGGACUAGUUACGGUGCUUUUUUAUGUUUUCAUUUUGGCCAAAUGUAUAAGUGAUUUGGAGGAGCAUUUGCUUCGUAAAUAUUUCAAUGUUGUGGAACUUGUUACUUUAUCUUUUGUUCUUCUGUUAGAUACCUUUUACUGAAUAAGUGAAGCAUAGGCUAAAUUGUCUCUCACCAAUA